CAAGAAAAAUACCAGAUUGUUCUUUGUACAUUAAAAUGAACACCCCACCAUUGCUUCUUCUGGCAUUCUUCUAAAAGGAAGGGUGAAGGACAAUGACAGAGCCGAAAAACUAACGAGGCGAGAGUUCUUCGAUUCUAGCUCAAAUAUAUCGCAUUCCCAGUCAGAAGCAACGGGGAGAGGGGGUUUUACCUAUCGGCGGCGGGGCGCGCGCGCGAGCGAGCGAGAGAGAGAGAGAACACAACCUUCCAGCGUCUGUGCUGCGGUGGAGACGGUGAGAGGUCCUGCGUCUUGCUGCCUGCUGCGGCGGGCGUUGAAGAGACAGGAAAUUCAAAGAAAUUUCACUCUCUGGUGUCCGUCUGCGUAAACCUUAUCCCAUUCCCUUCCGACCCAAAUCGUGAUUCUUUGUUCGUUACGACUAUUCUCCAAACCCUAGCACUCUUUCGACAUCUCUCCGGUCUCUGUGGACCCCCCAUUGACAACUCUGGAUUUUCGGGUCCAUGGUUUGGGCGGUUGUUUUGCGGUUGCGCGCUGCUAAAAUUUAGGGUCUUGCGGUGGAUUUUUGUCUGUAGACAUGCCUGUGGAGAGAACCCUUUUGGUGUUAGUGGUUUGAAGCGUAAAUAGAGUUUUCCUCCAUGGAUUCCAGAAGAGUUUCCAGGGCAGUGAUUGACCCAAAGGUGCGGCAUGUUGGGUUCGUGACGGCUUCCGAACAGAUGCACUCCACCCUGGAUGAUGCCAUAACGGAGGGAGAGUCCCCUUCGAUCGCUGUUAUGUCUCCGGUCGGGAAUUCGCUUUCUCCUGUGAUGAUCCCACCUCCUCGGCACCCGGUGGAAGCAAUGCGGGCGGCCCCUGUUCCAGUCCUAUCUUCUCCUCUCCGGAGGCUGAGCUGCAAUGCGCCUGUGGGAAGCUACAACCCGUCGGACAAUGUUUUAGGCACGUCGCCGGUGCCUUCUCCGUCGAGAAGAAUUGAGAGUGUUACAUCCGUCGAUUUCUCUGAUUCGCCCGGCUGGGUCUCUAGAACGGUGUCUACUAGUGUUGGUGGGGCUGGGAAGAUGGAAGAUUUCGUUCAGCGUUCCGCUUCUCUUCCGGCAUCUGGGUUUCCUGAACACGGAAAAUUGGCUACUGUUUCGACGGUGAAGCCAUCUUCAGAAGUGGUUAUUGAAGACUCAAAAGAGUCAGAAAGAGGCAACGCUACAAAUUCAAAGCCUUUAAAAGAGAGGACUUCUAAAGCAGAGAGGCGUGCACUUCAGGAGGCCCAACGAGCAGCAAAGGCUGCGGCAAAAGAGACAGGUAUAAAUCGUGGAAACACAGCAGGUGGUGGAGCACCUACAGGGGCAAAACCAUCUAAAGAUGUUAAAUCACCACCACCCUCAAAAAAGAAAGAUGGAGCAUCUACAGGAGGUGCUGCUGCAACCUCAGAUAGAAAGGCUCCUGACCGGCUCCCUGAGAAGGAGAAAAAGAAAGAUGUUCCUCCCCCAAGGAUGCAGUUUGAUGAUACACAACGGGUCGAAAAGGCCAAAAAGAGAGCGCUAGUAAAACAGACAGAAAGUAGAAACCGAGUGGAGUUGUUUAGACAUCUACCUCAAUAUGUCCAUGGAACUCUGCUUCCUGAUCUUGAAGCCAAAUUUUUUCACUCUGAUCAUGGCCAUCAAAUGCAUCCUCAUCCUGCAGUAUACAAGGUAGGCUUGCAAUAUCUGUCUGGUGAUAUUGCCGGUGGUAAUGCACGUUGUGUAGCAAUGCUUUCAGCAUUUCAAGAAGCCAUCAAGGACUAUAAAACACCAUCGGAGAAAGCUUUGGUGCGAGAUUUAACUGCCAAAAUCAACAGUUAUGUUAGCUUUCUCAUAUCUUGUAGGCCACUUUCAAUAAGCAUGGGGAAUGCCAUUAGGUUUCUCAAGGAUCGGAUAUCUAAGCUGUCAUUGACGCUGACAGAGUCAGAAGCAAAAUCUACGCUGCAGUCAGAUAUUAACCGUUUCAUCAAUGAAAAGAUAAUACUUGCUGAUAAGGUGAUUGUCAGGCAUGCAGUAACCAAGAUCAGGGAUGGAGAUGUCUUACUAACAUAUGGCUCAGCCUGUGUUGUUGAAAUGAUAUUAGAAUAUGCUCAUGAACUUGGUAAAAAGUUUCGUGUUGUGGUAGUGGAUUCACGUCCGAAGCAUGAAGGCCAGAAAUUACUUGGACGUUUGCUGGCAAAGGGCAUCAGCUGUACCUAUACCCAUAUAAAUGCAAUUUCCUAUGUUAUGCAUGAAGUAACGAGGGUCUUUCUAGGAGCGGCUUCAGUGUUGUCAAAUGGAAUUGUUUACUCAAGGGUUGGAACAGCAUGUGUCGCCAUGGUGGCUCACGCUUUUCGAGUUCCUGUGUUGAUAUGUUGUGAAGCUUAUAAGUUCCAUGAAAGAGUCCAGCUUGACUCUAUAUGCUCUAAUGAACUUGGCGAUCCAGAUGCAAUCUCGAAGGUUUCUGGAAGAAAGGAGUUGAACCAUUUGGACAACUGGGCUGAUAAGGAAAAUUUGCAUCUCCUGAAUCUGAUUUAUGAUGCAACUCCUGCAGAUUAUGUAUCAAUGAUAAUCACGGAUUAUGGGAUGAUUCCACCAACUAGUGUGCCAGUCAUUGUGAGGGAGUAUGGUGGAUCGCGUUCUUUGAUAUAGAUAUGCAUCUUCUAAAAAGAUGACGUCAAACGCGUGGUGAUUCAAUCUGCAUGUCUCCUUGAUUUAAAGGCACAGGCUGCGUCUAAGAUGGCACAUUGGCGUCUUCAGCAUCAACAUAUCGUUAGACCUGGAGAACCAAGCAUUCAUGUGGAGAGGCCAGACAAUUUUGUUUUAUAAUAGCCGCUGGUUGGGUUGUCCCUCUCACUUUUUGAUACACUGAAUAAUCAUGUACUUUUUCCUGUCCAAAGAUCCAUAACUUGCACAAAAUAACCCAAUUUGAAGUGGUGGGUUUUCACCCUAUCUUGGGUUUGCGGUUUUUAGAGUUUGUCAUCUUAUUCCUUAGAUUUUGAACAUUUGGAGGUUUUUUUUUUUUUUUCCAAAUCGGUGUUUCGGGAUGACACAGAAAUAUAUUUUGGCAUUACUGUAUUGUUCAA